AUGAAGUUGAUGUACACCCAAUACAAGCUAUUGGACCUGGUGGAGGGGAAACAGAAGAUGCAGGAGGCCGGAGCUGAAAGGAGCAUGGAUGAAGCGCUCACACACGCUACCGGCAUUGUGCUACUCGUGCGGCGGCUGCGCGACAUCAAGUUCUUUGAUGGAGAGUCGAUGCAACCAGUGUUGGAUGAGAUGCGGGACAUCUUCACAAAGCUCCAAGGUGGCGGUGUGGUGUACUCGGAGCUCGUGCAAUGCGUGAAGAUCGUGAUACGACUUCCGGAGUCGUGGUCCGCCCUUGCGAUCAACCUCAACUCUCAACAGCCCCAGUGGAGCGUGGAUUACAUUCGCGCGCACAUCGUAGAGGAGGACUUGCGGCGGCGGAGUGUGGAACGCUCGGAGGAGGGGGCUGGCUAUGGAGUUGGAGGUGGAAAGAGUGGCUUCAAGAAGAAGUGGAAGGGCAAGAACAAGGACAACCCUAAGGAGGAUGGAGGCAGGGGCCAAGGGGAGGUGUGCUUCUACCAACAACCCAAAAAUUGGACCCCGCCUUCAUCAAGCAACCAGCAUGGUGGCAAGAGGAGUGGGGGAGUCAUCAGAGCUAGUGAAGAGGAGAGGGAUGAUCAGAAAGGCGACAAAUCUGGGGAGCGGAAGGCCAGGAAAUCGGGCAAGGCGGCAGCCGCGGCAUCUAUGGAGGAGAGCGUCACUGUGGAGGAGCAGCAAGGUGUGCAAGGAGACGAGUUGAUUGGAGGAAGCGCGGUGGUGAAGGCGUCGGCUACGUUGGGCCAAGCGGAUUGGGAGACUUGGCAUCAGCGACUCGCACACGCGGCUGUAUCUACAUUGGAGGUGAUGCCCAAGGAGAAGUGCGUGCAUAGGCUGCAACUGCAAGGAGAUGGCGCUUAG